AUACAUACACACAUACCAAUUAAGCGCUCUUAUUUUAAUCAUUUUGCCUAUUACUUAUAUUCGUUUCUAAUUUACUGUAACAUCUUGUACAUACAUUUUUGCUAUAUAAGGUCCUACUCAACUUAUGUAUAUUACCAUUAGAAAAAAUACACUAGCGAAAUAAAGUGAAUUCGAAGUCAAGACAAAUCAGUCUUCCGACUCUUAACAUUGGUGACCCCGACGUGAUCAUACAUUUGAUACGUCGUACAAACAAAACAAAAACAAAAAACAAAAAACUAAUAAGCAAACGUUGUUGCUCAUCUUAAGUACCGUGUGCUUAAGUACAUUCACCUGCAUAACCGUUGCAUACACGGUCAGCUACCUUGGCCUACCGGACUUGCAUUUACUUUUGCAGCUGUAAACUCACGCCAUCCUACCGCUAACUUAGUACUGUAUACCGCAUACAGUUGGGAAUUUUUGUAAUCGCUAUCAAAGGCACUGUGAAAAUGUCAAGGAAUGAAGACUCUCUAUCCGCACGACCAGGAUGGUUCCUGAAAAGGAAAAGUGAAGCUAUUUUUAGGCAAAUGGAAUCCAUGCAUCGUCUCGCAACAACCGAAGCCCUACGCUCACUGGAUCAUGUAGAUCUCACGUUGAAAUUGGAACUAGUAGACAACAUACGGAGUAAUUUUGAGCUCACACAAAACCGCCUGGAAGAAGAAGAUCCUGACGAAUUAGACACUGAUGCUCGACAGCAGUUCUUGAACAUAUUUAUUUCAGUCAAAGGCGCCAUCACUCGCGAGCUGCAGUCCAACCGCUUAGAUAGCCAUUUACAUUCAACCACACGCAAUUUUUCGCCUCAGGACUCGCAAUCUGUGGUUGUUCUUAAGCAACCAAAAUCUUGUUUACCGGAACUGAAGUUGCCAACGUUUAGAGGCAACUACUCAGAUUGGCCACAAUUUUUCUCCAUGUUUCGCACCAUAAUUGACCGAGAAGCUGAAUUAACUAAAGUGGAAAAACUCCAACAUCUCCGCUCAUGCCUUGCAGAUGCCGCGUUGGACACCAUAAAGUCCUUAGAAAUUCGCGAAUCUAACUAUGAUAAAGCUCUUGAAUUACUAAAUAACCGAUUUGAUAACAAGCGUUUAAUUUUUCAGGCACAUAUCCGUGAGUUAUUUGGACGUGCAUUACAGACUUUAGGCAGCAUAGAACAAUUGGCCGACAGCUUGCUGAUACACAUCGUUAUGCAGAAACUUGACUCCACUACUCAAAACAUGUGGGAGGAAAAAGUGUCAUCCAAUGAGCUACCCACUUGGGAAGGCAUGGCGUUGUUCCUAGAAAAAAGGUGUCAAACUCUGGAGAAUGUUGCGUUUGCUACGCUCGGUAAGACUCCAACCAAACAGGUGAGCAAAUAUGUGAAUCGCAACAAGUCUUUUGUGGUCUCGAAGCCUGCGCAAAGGUCAUGUGUGUUUUGCAAGCACCUUGAUCACCUCAUUUAUACUUGCCCGUCAUUUGCGAAACUCUCCCCAAGCGAGCGCUGGAAAGAGGCAAAAAUUGCUGAACUUUGCCUGAACUGUCUUAAGCUUGGACAUCGAUUACAACAAUGCAAAUCCACUCACUGUUUUCGUUGUAAAGGUGCUCAUCACACCCUUUUACAUAAGGAUAUUCCAGAGCAACCCAUCCAAAAUGCCUCAUCGGCAGAAAAGUUUCCUCAACCAGGAUCAGCAGCAUCUUUGGUUUCCAUGGCGCCUCCAUGCAUAUCAAACGAGCACUCAAGCAUUAAACCAAACGAAUCCGUACUACUAGCUACCGCAACGGUGUUUGUGAAAAACAGUGUUGGAUGUUUUAUCCCCUGUCGUGCUAUUUUAGACUCAGCUUCGCAACUAAAUUUCGUUACGAGCAGGUUAUCCAACCAACUACAGUUGAAGAAAUCGAAGUUCCCAGUAGCAGUUUCGGGAAUUGGAGACUCAGAUACAACAAGCAUCCUGAUGAUCUUGCAGUUCUUACGCCGGGACAUUUUUUGAUUGGCGGCCCUUUCACAGCUACAGUAGAACCAGACAUCACUGAUCUGAAUAUUAACAGGCUCAGUCGUUGGCAGCGAAUUU